AAGAGAGAGAGAGAGAGAAACACAGAGUCUUUACCAACCCAGGAGCCACGGUGUGCCCCGCGGGCUUGUGCGUAAAAGCUGGGGGUCCCGGUUUGGUUCAGGGUCUCUCGGCUGCGGAUCGGAAGGUCUUACGAUGCGUCUUAACACUUCCCUGCGUUCCGGUUCCACCGACGGAGCGAUGUAGAGAGCCGAGCCCCGGAACAGCGAGCAGCUUCCCAGCUUCACACAAACUUCAGUCCGCCUGAGGAGCCCCGGGGACGGGGUGCAGGGCGAUGUUUCUGCGCUCUGCUGAGCGGGUAACGGAGACGGCAUGAAGGCGGCGUGGCGCACCCGGAGACGCCGCGCUCUGCAGCGGCUCUGCUGCGGCGGGCUCGGGCUGCUGGCGGUCGUGUGGCUCGCGCGAGUCCAACACCUGACAGAGACAGAGCCCUCAGGGACGGACCCGGCUGAAGACGUUAGUCCUGACUGGUCCAGACGUAAGCUCAUGCAGGAUGGGAUCGAGAACCACACUCUAGAGCCGCCUCGAGCAGCCAUCAAUGAGUUCCCCCAAGACAUCUUCACCAAGGAGCAGAGGAAGAGGGGGGCUGUGCUGCUGCAUGUGCUUUGUGCCAUCUACAUGUUCUACGCUCUCGCCAUCGUGUGCGAUGACUACUUCGUUCCCUCCCUGGAGAAGAUCUCCGAGAAUCUGCACCUCAGCGAGGACGUGGCGGGAGCCACCUUCAUGGCUGCGGGAAGCUCCGCCCCCGAGCUCUUCACCUCUCUGAUUGGCGUGUUCAUCACUAAGGGAGAUGUAGGUGUGGGGACCAUCGUUGGGUCGGCUGUCUUCAACAUCCUGGUCAUCAUUGGAGUGUGUGGCAUCUUCGCUGGCCAUACUGUGGCUCUUACCUGGUGGUCUCUGUUCCGAGACUCUAUCUACUACAUCCUCUCUGUUUUGGCCUUAAUAAUGGUCAUCUACGACGAGAGGGUUGUGUGGUGGGAGUCGAUGCUUCUGAUCUCCAUGUACGGAGUUUACAUUCUCAUCAUGAAGUUUAACAGUCAGAUUGCGAGCUUCGUGGUGAGACGGUGUGGGGGUCCGAACAACUGCUGCCGAAGGGGAGAACAUGCCCGGAAUAAUGAAGCUGCAGAAGAAGGAGCGAACUGUAACACCUCCAUGGUGCUCCUGAGAAAAGGUCAGCCCGGUGCUGGGCAGCAGGAGUCUCCGGUGGUGAUGGUGGAUGAGCUGAUGAUCCUCAGGCCUCACCAGCUCUCCUUCCCUGAGGCCGGACUGCGCAUCAUGAUCACCCCACACUUCUCACCCCGCACUCGUCUCAGCAUGGCCGGCCGUGUGCUCAUCAGCGAGAGGCAGAGGCUGAUAAGGGAGACGGGGCAGGGGGGCAGCCCGGUGAAGUCUUUCGGUUCUGGUGGGAUUGAGAACGGAGGGAGUGUGGAGAGGACCCUGGAGGACGGAGAGAGGAUAGAGAGAGAUGGAGGAGGGAAGGCAGCAGAUAACGCUCAGCCUGAGGAAGAGGAUGAUGGAGACGAGCCCUUCAGACCUCUCCACCUGCCAGCUGGGUGUGCAGCCCGUGUUAAGUGGGUAGUGUCAUGGCCGCUGGGCGUGCUGCUGUACUUCACAGUGCCCAACUCUAUUCUGCCGCGCUGGCACCGCUGGUUCAUGGUCACCUUCAUCAGCUCCACGCUCUGGAUCGCCAUCUUCUCUUACAUGAUGGUCUGGAUGGUCACUAUCAUCAGCGACACUCUGGACAUCCCUGACUAUAUCAUGGGCAUCACUUUCCUGGCAGCGGGCACCAGCGUACCGGACUGCAUGGCGAGCCUCAUCGUAGCCCGCCAAGGAAUGGGGGACAUGGCGGUAUCCAACUCCAUAGGCAGUAAUAUCUUUGAUAUCUUGCUGGGGCUGGGCUUUCCGUGGGCGCUCAGAACGCUGGUGGUGUCCCACGGAUCAGCAGUGUCCAUCAACAAUAAAGGCCUGGUGUACUCUGUUAUUCUGCUACUAGCAUCGGUCUUCCUUACUGUCCUGAGCGUUCACCUGAACGGCUGGAAGCUGGACCGGCGAUUGGGUCUGGGCCUCAUGCUGCUCUACUCCGUCUUUCUCCUCUGCUCCAUCCUCUUCGGUCAGCUCUAGAGCCUCCAGUGCAGGCGGCACCCUGACCCGCCCAGAUCCAUCCUUCACACCACUUCACUUCAUCAUUCAAGUUCCAUUCAUUUCGUGUGGUUUACACUGGAUUUUUGUCAUUCAUUACCAGAACCGGACCCGAGACCGGUGGUACCAGAGACGAUGGAGGAAAAGACUUUUAAUAGAUGGAACAGACUUUACUUUCAGAACUCGAGAGUCUGACUUCAGUCAGCUUAAAAUCAGUUCAAUAAGAUCAUUCAGAGCUAAUCGUCUCAUUCCUUCUCGGCCAAGAUUAAAGAGGUGCUUCCUCUGGAGUUCUAGGUGAGUACUAGAAAAGUACUAAUGGCUGACAAGACAUUCUGACCUACCGGCUCACCUUCAGCGCUCAUCUUCAAUUUCAGUAGGUGGUCAUUUCAGUAGUGGCCGAUUUACAGUAUCUACAAAAGCCAAGGAUGCGCAGUGUCACUGAUGCGAAGCACCAAAAUGUGUAUUUGAGUACCAAUAAAUAGCACCCCCUUGUGGAGAAUGUUCAGCCUGCUAAACAUGAGUGAGUGAGUGAAUAAAUGAAUUAGUGAGUAAUUGAGUAGCCAGAGCCUUGAGGUGCUAUACUUCUUACACAAAAUACACAUAAAUACAUUUAAACCUAUUCUAAUUAAUAAAUCACCUCAUAAGAGCAAGAGAUAUUGUUUUAUGAUUAGAAAACAUUCAUCCGUUGUUUAUUGCGUAAAUGGCAAGACGCUGCUCUAAGAAGAUUUAUCCUUAAUGGAAUAAGAUGGAAAAUGGAAUAACAGUUUUAUAACAUUUAACAAUUUGGUGUCAAAAAAUGUACUCGUGUCGGUCGAGCAUGCAUGCACUUGCGUCCUCCAGGUACGGUUGGUUCAUCUGGCUCCCACUUCUUGCCUCCAACCUCGGAAUCUAGUUAGAUUUAUUUGUGUUCGUAAACCCGAGAUGUUAAGUGAUCUUGUUGUGUUGUAACUACAGUAUAUGUUUGCACUGACCGUAGCAAUACUUCCGUAACUGUGGACAAAAAAAAACAUCCCAAUGUGUUUUGGAUGUGAGACUCAUUAUUAUUAUUUAGGGUGUCUGAAUAUUUUGAAUAAUUGCGAAAGUGAGAAAGCGAGAGAGAGCGGGCGAGCGAGAUAAGAGAGUAAUAACUAGAUGUGCGGAGAUUUUAAACGAAGAUGCAGUUUUGUUACUAGUAUUCCUGCACAAAAAGAAAACAUUCAUAUAGUUUUUUCCUUCACAGAUUUUUAAAAAUGACUCGUUAGGAAAUACGACGUGGAUUUUUAGCAUUUGUAGAAUAGCACUGUUACUAUUUAAGACGUUUCUAUUUGCAGUGAGUGUCACAAUGUUUGAUAAAAGUUCGUACGGGUUUUGUUAUCAUGGUUGUGUAUGUUUAGGUACGAUCAAUGUUUAUAAGACCAAGAAAACAAAUCUUUAAAAAAAAAAAAAAGUUAAAAUCUAUCUAUAUAUAUAUAUAACUGUACAGCAUUACUAGUAUUAAAAGUACGAGUUUAUCUUUAUUGUUGCUAAAUGUUUACUAAAUUGACCUAGUUUUAUAAAGAAAAAAUAUGUCAGAGCUUAGAUUUGUGAUGUUUUUAAUAUUUAUAAAGACUGAAGAACAACAGCAUCAACAUCAGUAUAACACAACUCUAAAUACCUUACAUUACCGGUUCUGCUCUGAGAGCUAACUGUACAUACUUUGUGUUAGGGGUGGGCAAUAUAAGAGGACUGGAUAUUACUACAGUAAUAUAUUUUAUAUGCUUAAAAGUUACACACCAAAACUGUAAAAUAGAAAAAUUAUCUUUAUCUGAUUAUAAAUUGUAACAAACAAAAUGGUACCAGCACCAGUCGAGCCAUGUUUAUCAAAAUUGAUAGAAAAAACUCUCAAAUAUUAAAAUUAAAAAUGAGAGAUUUAUCAACCAUACUUACUUGAUUAAAUGAACACAUGAAACACAUGCACUCAUUCCCAGUACUUUUUAUUAGUUUGAGUCACAAUAUAACACUUAAUAUCAUUUUAUAAAGUUAGAUAACUGACUAACUCUCCAAGCUUCUAAAACUGGCAGCCCAAAUAAUUAAUCUACUUUUCCAUUUAUUAUUAUUAUGACUUUAUUCUCAUGACUUUCCCUGGUAGUUUAGUGAACUUAUUGGGUUUUACAAUGUAUGACUUGGAAAUUAGAAGAUAAUUAUUUAAUAAUUACACACAGAAUGAGAAUACUGUAUUUUUCGCACUAUAGGGCGCACCGGAUUAUAAGGCGCACCAUCAAUAAACGCCUAUUUUCUGGUCUAUUUUUAUACAUAAGGCACACUGGAUUAUAAAGUGCAUUUUAUGUCACACUAGUAACUAAUAACUAGUAGUAGGAACAGGGGUGUCACCAUGUUUUCCUUCUAAUUCAGCAGGUCUUUCUGCUGGAUGGUGAUACCUGUAAAGCUAAGCUAAGUUAAGCAAACAAAGCUGUAAUUCUUAAAAAAAUAAAAUAAAAUAAAAAUUUUAGAUGAGUCAGACAAGUCAAACGAGUGCUGGAUAUUAAUCUACAAAGAGUUCUCCCCUGAAAACUGUUUAUUUGGGUGAGUAAAGCUCUUCUGUGUAUUUACAGUAAGCUCAGAUUUACAGAUUUCCACUAAAGCUGGAGCAUUAGCAUUAGCCGCUAACUGCUAACGGUUAGGGGCCAGUGCAAAUCAACAGCGCUACACUGAGGAACCCUGAGUGUUCCAUUAAGCCAGGGUGAUAUUAGCUAGCUGUUUGUCCCAUGUAGCUUGUUUUAACACGGUAAACACACAAACUACAGUCUGAUAUACUCACCUCUGAACAGUGAAAAAGCUAACACUGUGGUUAGCGGCUAAUGCUAAUGCUGCUUUUAGCAGUGCUAGCCGGAGUUAUCAGCAGGGUACUCACCUCUAAAGGCCAAAACAGCUAGCGCUUAGCACGGUUAGCGGCUAAUGCUAAUACUGCUGAAAAACUAAACUAAAACUCCUGUAUAAUGCUGUACCUUAGCAAAGUGUCUUUACUGCUCCUUAAUACCUGACAGAUAAAAUUCAUACAUAAGGCGCAUCAGAUUAUUGGAAAGGCGUACUGAUGAUUUUUGGGUAAAUUAAAGGAUUUUAAAUGAUCCUUAUAGAGCAAAAAAAAUUAUUAUUAAAGAAAAUUACAUUUCUAUUUAUUAUAUUUUACGAAUAAUGCUUUAACUCUUAAAAGGCAUUGGCCCAUAUACCGGCUACAAGAGUACAUGAUACAAAAACUUCCUUUUUCUCUGCAGUAAAAUAAGUAAUGCUAAUGCUGCUUUAGCAGUGCUAGCCGGAAUUAGCAGCAGGGUACUCACCUCUGAAGGGCAAAACAGGUAGCGCUUAGCACGGUUAGCGGCUAAUGCUAAUACUGCUGAAAAACUAAACUGAAACUCCUGUAUAAUGCUGUACCUUAGCAAUGUGUCUUUACUGCUCCUUAAUACCGGACAGAUACAAUUCAUACAUAAGGCGCAACGGAUUAUUGAAAAGGCGCACUGAUGAUUUUUGAGAAAUUAAAGAAUUGUAAGUGCACCUUAUAGUGCGAAAAGUCCCUGAGCAUUAAAGAAAAUUACAUUUCUAUGUAUUCUAUUUUACAAAUGAUGUUUUAACCUCUUAACAAGCCUUGGCCUGUUUACUGGCUACAAGAGUAGAUGAUACAAAAUCCCUUUAUCUCUGCAGUAAAAUAAGUUAUUUACUAAACACUGACCAGAUGGUGGCACAAGCGACCAAACAAACCACAAAUUUGAGUAUUAUCCUUUUAAAAAUUAUGAUAUUCACUAUAUUACCAUAGUUUAAUGUGUAGUUUCACUGCUGUGCUGAGAAUAGUCCAUCAUUUUGUAAUGUUCAAGAAGUAUCGGUCAUACAUGCAAUAAAGAAUAUUGUAAUAUAAUUAACUGAAAAGGCAAAGCACUCUCAUAUUGCCCACCCUGACUUAUAUUACACUGAUUUAUAGGUUUUCUUUCCACAUUUGUCCAAAUGUUUUUUUGUUUAUUUUAUUCCACAGCAGAUAGAUGCCUCAGUUGAUGAUGUAUAUAUUUAUUUCAGAGACAAAGCGUUUAUUCUCAGACUGUUCUUUGUAAUGAUUCUUGAAUAUGGAUGGUAUUUAAAAUAGGAUCUAAUAUAUAUAUAGCGUCACUCACCGUAUCAGAGACAUUUUCUACACUGUAUUACUGUCACACUUCUACUUUUACCCCUCAGUUGGGGGCUGUACAUUUAUUUACAUUCACCUUUAUUUUGAGUAGACAUGAGAAUAUUCCAGAGUGUUUACUUGUUUACUCCCCUCCCACUCUUACAGCUUUUUAUUUGGUGUGUUAUUUUAUUUUCUGAUAUUAAGAGUCCCGGUGUGCUCGUCUUAUUUUCAGAAUUCAGUGAUCAUCGCUGUCUCGUGCUGUCUGGCUUUAAAAUGAGGGACUGAAAGGGUUUUAACUGCUGAUUCUCUCUCUGAAAUCAAGAAAUCACAUGACAUCACAACACAUCGCAGCAACGACAAAAAAGAGGGAAGUGUAUCAAUGUAGACUCGAAUAAAGUAACUCUUAGAAAACUUUGUAUGUUGUUGAGUGCAAUAAACAGACCUUAUGUGCAAUAAGA